AUACUGACUCCGCGUUAUUAAUAAACGUAGAAGCUAUAGCCAGACUUUGGUAUUUCUAGAUCCGUGAGGUUGUAGGAAGACCGAUUCAAAAUAGUUUUGCCUGUUUGAAAGACUACACCAUAACUUGGUUUGUAAUCAUUUACUAAACUUAUCUCUUCAUACUUUAGUUUCUUGGAUGUUAUAAGAAAUGGGCGUAGACAGGCUGGGUUCCUGUCGCCUAGGCGUCCACAUUUUUCAGAGAGAGAAAAUCUUUCUAGCUAUAAUUUGGUAAAGCAAAACAAGUCAUGUUUAUGGUGGUAGAUAGCUGCCAUGUUUCCAGUCAGGAAAAGCAUUCCUUACACAUUAUUUGAAAAUAUGCUCUACGAUGAGUCAUUUUUGUCACUUUCUAUUAAAAAGGGAAUAAUGAAUGUAUGAUUAUAACAAGCAUUCAUCCACACAUGCCUUAUUGUAGCCUUCUCUAUAGGUACAAGCUAAAAGGUUUAUUGACUUAAACAGGCAGACCAGGAGAUUAUAUACCUCUAUAACAUCAGUUUCAAGUAGGGAUAGCUAUGCCUCCUCCUCCACCACCACCACCCCCAGCUCCUCCUCCACCACCUGCACCUACAUGUAUGCAGACUAAAAAACCACAGCAGGCCAUCAAGAGCCAACAGCCUGACCGUAAUGCUCUUUUAAACCAAAUUAGACAAGGAACCAGAUUAAAGAAAGCAGAAACUUGUGACAGAAGUGCUCCUGUUAUUGCAAAUAACAAAGCAAAAAAUGGGCCACAGCCACAAAGUGCUGAAAAACCCAGUGGACCAGUUGAUCUUGGUGGACUCUUUGCUCAAGGCAUGCCCAAACUACGCCCUUCUGGGACAAGACCACAAGCUACCAAUGGAUGUCCCAGCAGAGGUCCUUUAAUCCCUCCAACCGCUACCAUUAACAGUCUUUUACCACAAGAGCUUCAAAGCAGCAAUAACAACUCUUUGCCUUUUAGUCCAGAGUCCUAUCCACCUAGUCAGAAGCCCAUCCUGAAUGGUGCAUACACUUCUAUAAUUAAUGGAACUUCUGAGAAGGAGCAGAAUCAAACAUGGCAACAAGUACCAUGUAAACUUCCCGGUGAAAUGGGAUCUCUUUCCAUGGCUGAUCUUCAGUCCAAACAAGUUUACAGACCACCUUUAGUUAAGCCUCCUCCUCCUCCCCCUAAGACUUCUUCAUUGAGCCAGAAUAAUAAACCACAAACUUCUCCACAGAAGCCAGAACAUCUAACUCAUCACCAAAGUUUGGGCACUUCCAUUGGACAAGGUUCAUCAUCCUUUUCUUCUUCUUCAGUGCAACAUUGUGUAUCAACUCUUAAACCUUCACAGUCAUUGUUGACUAUGCAAAAUCAAACUACACAUAACACUGUAGAAGAAAUAAAGAAUCAUACAACUCAAAACCAUCAAGCAACUCCUCCUUCACAACCUGUACCUCCAGUUAAAAGCACUCCAAUAUCUUCUUCUCCAAACUUAUGGCCUUCACCUCCUCCACCAAUUACAUCCCAUCCACCACCCCCACAUUGUAUUACUACAAUGACACAAAUGAAAGCAGCACAUAUUCACCAUCCCUUACAGACCACAUUACCUCCACCUCCUCCACCUCCAAUACAAAGAUUAAUACCUCCGCCACCUCCUGCCAGACACUCGUCUAUUAAAACUAUAUCAUUUGAUCUUGCCAAGUUUGAAGAAAAAUUCGUAGACAAGUUUCAUAUUUUGUCUCAACUACCUCCACCUUGUGGCUUUAAAAACAUUUCCAAGUCUUAUCCAAGUAAAUAUGCUUCAAAGGAGAAUCAAAUUCGUCGACAGCCGCCACCACCACCACCAUCUGUCGACUCCUUAAAAUCUGCCACAUCAACGUUACACAUUACUGAUAGUUUUGGCCAAUCCCAGUGCUGAUUGUUGAUAGAGUUAAUGUGGGGCUUCAACACAAAUUUUCUUAAUCUUCAGAACAACUAUACAGUGUACUUAUAAAAGUUAAGCCUAGUUUUGGUCAGACUAAACCAGAAAAAAAUGCAACACUUGGUAGGAGAAUUUUCAUUUU